AUGAGAGAGAUACUUUCAAUCCACGUCGGACAGGGUGGAAUACAAAUGGGAAAUGCAAAUUGGGAAUUAUAUUGCCUAGAACACGGAAUAUUACCAAAUGGUCAAGUUGACCCAAAUUCAAAUAAGUCAAUUGAGUCUGCAUCUUCAUUCUUUUCAGAGACAAGCACAGGGAAUAUGGUACCACGUGCCCUUAUGGUGGAUUUAGAGCCAGGUGUAAUUGACUCAAUAAAGGCAAGUGAAUACAAGGAUUUAUACCAUCCCUCACAGCUUAUAUCAGGAAAAGAAGACGCAGCAAAUAACUAUGCAAGAGGACAUUACACCGUAGGAAAGAGUAUAAUUGAACCAGCAAUUGAACAGAUAAGAAGAUUAGUUGAUAAUUGUGAUUCUCUUCAAGGAUUCUUUAUCUUCCAUUCAUUUGGUGGAGGAACAGGAUCUGGUCUAGGAACACUUAUCAUGGAGAGACUCUCCCAGAUAUACGAGAAAAAGAGUAAGUUGGAAUUUGCCAUCUACCCAGCACCACAGGUCUCUAACUCAGUCGUAGAACCAUAUAACUCUGUGCUUACAACGCACAUGACCCUGGAGCACUCAAAUUGCUCCUUCCUUGUGGAUAAUGAAGCCAUAUACGAUAUGUGUAAGGGUCUUGGUAUUACUAGACCAGAUUAUGUCGAUCUAAACCGAGUUAUUGCACAGGUAGUCAGCUCUAUUACAGCAUCCCUAAGGUUCCCAGGCUCUUUGAACGUAGACCUGGCUGAGUUCCAGACAAAUCUAGUGCCCUACCCCAGGAUACACUUCCCUUUGAUUGCAUACUCGCCCAUGGUCUCUGCUGUAAAUGCAUCCCACGAGCAACUGAGUGUAACAGAGAUAGCAACUGCAUGCUUUGAGCCUCAGAACCAGCUCGUGAAGUGCGACACCAGACAAGGAAAGUACAUCGCAUGCUGCCUUCUCUUCAGAGGAGACAUCAACACAAAGGACGUGAAUAUUGCAACAGGAAUCAUAAAGAGCAAGAAAGGAGACAGGUUUGUUGAGUGGUGCCCAACAGGAUUCAAGAUAGGAAUCAAUAAUGAACCACCCACAUCCCUCCCAGGAGGAGCACUGCCCCCGUUAAAGAGAGCAGUCUGCGCCCUCAGCAACACAACAGCAAUCGUUGAAGCAUGGAAGAGACUUAACUCUAAGUUUGACCUCAUGUACAGCAAGCGGGCAUUUGUCCACUGGUACGUAGGAGAGGGAAUGGAGGAAGGAGAAUUCAGUGAAGCAAGAGAAGACUUGGCUACGCUUGAAGCAGACUACCACGACCUUUCUGGUGAAAUGAUUAUUGGUUAA